GAUUUCCUUGUGAAACCUUCUAGGAGAAAAAAUUUGGGGACAAACUCAUUUGAUCCCAACAUAAAAGAAAGAAGAGCCUUGUCAGAUACUGAAGAAAGGACGAGGAUUUUUCCUCCUAAUCUGGGCCUCCUGUCAUGGAUGAAGAGACUCGGCACAGCCUUGAGUGCAUCCAGGCCAAUCAGAUCUUUCCCAGGAAGCAGCUGAUCCGGGAGGAUGAGAAUCUUCAGGUUCCUUUCCUUGAACUUCAUGGAGAGAGCACUGAGUAUGUGGGCCGUGCUGAGGAUGCCAUCAUUGCCCUUUCUAAUUACAGACUUCACAUCAAGUUCAAGGAGUCUCUUGUUAAUGUUCCAUUACAGCUUAUAGAAAGUGUUGAAUGCCGAGAUAUAUUUCAGCUUCAUUUGACUUGCAAAGACUGCAAAGUUAUCAGGUGUCAGUUCUCAACCUUUGAGCAGUGUCAAGAGUGGCUGAAGAGACUGAACAAUGCAAUUCGACCACCUGCUAAAAUAGAAGAUCUCUUCUCAUUUGCAUACCAUGCUUGGUGCAUGGAAGUCUAUGCCAGUGAAAAAGAGCAACAUGGAGACCUGUGCAGACCAGGGGAGCAUGUAACGUCAAGGUUUAAAAAUGAGGUAGAGAGGAUGAGUUUUGAUAUGAACAACGCCUGGAGGAUUUCCAACAUCAAUGAGAAGUACAGGUUAUGUGGUAGCUAUCCCCAGGAGCUCAUAGUGCCUGUCUGGAUCACUGACAAAGAACUGGAAAGUGUAGCAAGCUUCAGGUCCUGGAAGCGCAUCCCUGCUGUUGUCUAUAGGCACCAGAGCAACGGAGCUGUCAUUGCCCGCUGUGGACAGCCGGAGGUUAGCUGGUGGGGCUGGCGAAAUGCAGAUGAUGAGCACCUCGUGCAGUCGGUAGCCAAAGCUUGUGCCUCUGACUCCCGAUCGAGUGGCAGCAAGCUGUCCACUAGGAACAGUUCUCGAGACUUUCCCAAUGGGGGAGACCUUUCUGAUGUGGAGUUUGAUUCUUCUCUGUCAAAUGCUUCAGGAGCAGAGAAUUUAGCCAUCCAACCACAGAAGCUUUUGAUCUUGGAUGCACGCUCCUAUGCAGCAGCUGUGGCAAACCGAGCCAAAGGAGGAGGCUGUGAAUGCCCAGAGUAUUACCCGAACUGUGAAGUUGUGUUCAUGGGGAUGGCAAACAUUCAUUCUAUUCGGAGGAGUUUUCAGUCUCUGCGGUUGCUGUGCACUCAGAUGCCAGAUCCGGGAAAUUGGCUCUCAGCACUUGAAAGCACAAAGUGGCUCCAUCACCUGUCUGUACUUCUGAAAUCAGCACUUCUGGUAGUGCAUGCUGUGGAUCGUGAUCAGCGACCUGUGCUAGUGCACUGUUCAGAUGGUUGGGACCGUACCCCCCAGAUUGUGGCACUGGCUAAACUCUUGCUGGAUCCUUAUUACCGAACUGUAGAGGGUUUCCAGGUCCUCGUGGAGAUGGAGUGGCUGGAUUUUGGUCAUAAAUUUGCUGAUCGCUGUGGUCAUGGGGAGAACUCGGAUGAUCUGAAUGAGCGCUGCCCAGUGUUUCUGCAGUGGCUUGACUGUGUUCAUCAGCUUCAGAGGCAAUUUCCUUGCUCUUUUGAGUUCAAUGAAGCAUUCCUUGUGAAACUGGUACAGCAUACCUAUUCCUGCCUCUUUGGAACAUUCCUGUGCAACAACGCCAAGGAGAGAGGGGAAAAGCAUACUCAGGAACGGACAUGUUCUGUGUGGUCACUUCUUCGGGCGGGCAACAAGGCUUUCAAAAACCUGCUGUAUUCCUCCCAGUCAGAAGCCGUGCUGUACCCUGUGUGCCAUGUGCGCAACCUGAUGCUGUGGAGUGCAGUGUAUCUGCCCUGCCCAUCCCCGUCCACCCCUGUAGACGAUAGCUGUGCACCAUACCCAGCCCCAGGCACCAGCCCUGAUGAUCCUCCCCUGAGCCGGCUACCAAAGACUAGAUCAUUUGACAAUCUGACCACAGCUUGCGACAACGCAGUGCCUCUGGCUAGCCGGCGUAGCAGUGACCCCAGCCUGAAUGAGAAGUGGCAGGAGCACCGGCGUUCACUAGAGCUGAGCAGCCUGGCUGGCCCUGGAGAGGAGCCUCUUUCUGUUGACAGCCUGGGAAAGCCCACCAGAGUGCCAGGGGGCGCCGAACUUUCUGUUGCAGCUGGAGUGGCCGAGGGGCAGAUGGAAAACAUUUUGCAAGAAGCCACCAAAGAGGAGAGUGGUGUAGAGGAGCCGGCCCAGAGGGGGGACAUUGAGAUCCAAGAGGUCAAAGAGGAGGCUCUAUUAGAAAAGGAGAGCAGGAGGAAAAUGCCUGAGGUCUCAGCCAUCAGACUUCACCAAGAUCCAGAACUGGGUGAUGCUGCUCUGAGGAACCAUCCGGGAGCAAGCUUGUCUCUUUUCUCACAGAGUAUUCCUGAACAGCAGGGUGACAGUGUUCUCAGUUCUCUCCAGGCUCUCCCUGGGACAGAGGAGUCCCAGGAGAUCCCUAUGGAGCAUCUUCGAAUAGGCGAGCUCACAGAGGAAAGGGAGAAAGUUCUUUCAAUCCCAGGAGAUGCAAAAGUUGGUUAUGGUACCUCACAGUCACAUUCUCUGCUAACUUCCCAAGUCCCAUUUGAGACCAGAGGACCAAACGUGGACAGUUCCAUGGACUUGUUAAUGGAAGAUAAGGUGAAGUCAGAAAGUGGGCCCCAAGAUCAUCAUAGGCCUUGCCUGAUGAAUAGUGGCAGACUCAGUGGCAAGGACACGCUCCCCCAAACCAUGGAGUCCAGCCCUUCAGAAAGGAACUUGGUGGAGAGGCCCCAAAUGGGGUCUGUGAUGCACAGGACUUCCCCUGGCAGCACUCUCAGCCCAACACGUUCCCCUUGUGCCUUGCCUUUAGCCGAAUGUAAAGAGGGACUUGUUUGCAACGGUGUCCCAGAGACUGGAAACAAGGCCUCAGAGCAACCCCCAGGGCUUAGCACUCUCCAGAAGUAUCCCACACCCAACGGGCACUGCACCAAUGGAGAAACUGGUAGGAGCAAGGACUCACUAAGCCGCCAGCUGUCUGCUAUAAGCUGCAGUUCUGCCCACUUACACUCAAGGAACUUGCACCACAAGUGGCUGCACAGCCACUCAGGGAGGCCAUCUGUGACUAGCAGCCCUGACCAGCCUUCUCGCAGCCACCUGGACGAUGAUGGCAUGCCUGUAUACACAGACACAAUCCAACAGCGCCUGCGUCAGAUUGAGUCAGGCCACCAGCAGGAAGUGGAGACCCUGAAGAAACAAGUCCAGGAGCUGAAGAGUCGCCUGGAGAGCCAGUACCUGACCAGCUCCCUACGUUUCAAUGGGGACUUUGGGGAUGAAGUGACUUCAAUCCCUGACUCGGAAAGCAAUCUGGAUCAGAACUGUUUGUCUCGCUGCAGCACAGAGAUUUUCUCUGAAGCCAGCUGGGAGCAGGUGGAUAAACAGGACACGGAGAUGACCCGUUGGCUCCCUGACCACCUGGCUGCCCACUGCUACGCGUGUGACAGUGCCUUCUGGCUCGCCAGUAGGAAGCACCACUGCAGGAAUUGUGGGAAUGUAUUCUGCUCCAGUUGUUGUAACCAGAAGGUUCCGGUUCCCAGCCAGCAGCUCUUUGAACCCAGUCGAGUGUGCAAGUCUUGCUAUAGCAGCCUACAUCCCACGAGCUCCAGCAUUGACCUUGAACUGGAUAAACCCAUUGCUGCCACUUCAAACUGAAGCUCAGUGACCUGGGGUGGGCAGAGGCCAAGCCGCUUUUCCUCCGGUGGGCCCACACAGCCAGACCGAGAGGCCCGUGCACUUUGGAAUGGGGGCAUGGAACCGCCUGUACAGAGUGACAGAAAUUUGGGAUGUACCACUGGAUUGUAGAUGGAUUUUUUUUUUCUGUUUCCUGUCUGUCCCCAUUUCCCCCCAACCUUUUCCAUCCUUUCUCUCUGCCUUCAAAAAAGAAAAAAGUCCCCUGGUUGUCUUAAUUUUUUUUUUUUUUAAUGAAGACUAGAGGUUGCCAGGCCCCCUAUAACUGCAGAACCACCUGCUGUCAGGUGACGCUGAGGGGUGGCUUGGUUCUUCCUUGUGAGUGGAGGCCGGUCAGAGCCAGGAGUAGAGAUCUGAGACAGUGAGAGGAAAGAAAGCCAGUGCUAACAUUUGUGACCAUUCCGCACACCAUCGCCACAUAGGACUGGUUGGGAAUUGUUUGCUGCUGGGGAGGCUGGAAGCACUGCCUUAAGUGCUCUCUUACUCCUGAGAGGAGCUGGGCCAGUCCCACCUCAUAGAUGGAUAGAUGGGGCUGGUGUUUGGAGGGAGGGUCACGCCUCAGGGCCCUCUUUGGGGAAGGCAGAUGUAUGUUCUUAUGAGGCAGAUGAGAGGGGCUGGGAAUGGGUGGCCAGCAUGUUGUCCCCAUUGGAUUCCAUUUUUAACUUGACCCAGAUUGUCUUGAGCUCCCUUCACUUUCAGAGGGCUACCUCCCUGGGCCAGGCUGUGUAGUGCUUCCCACCCUCAGGCAUAAGAAUGCAGACUGGCCAAAAUGCAGUGUCCUGCUGCUGUGGCCAAGGCCAAAGCCUGCCCUGAGGCCCCGGGCAUAUAUGGGUCCCCUUUCCAGGGCCUGGUUCCCCAAACAAUCUCUUUCCCUCUGCUAGCACAGGGAAAUCCAGACUCAGGGUUCCAAAAAUUCCCCAUUCCCAAACCAAACAAAUCAUGGAUCUCCCCCUUAAGGGGUAGAAUCAGCCUUUAGAGUUACAAGCCUCUGGAAAGGGAGCAGAUCCCCAUACAAUCAGCCUUCCUCUUCUUUCCCUUCUUGGAACAGCAAGAAGGGCCAAGCAGUCCCCCUUUCCUGCUCCUGGCCGUCUGGGCACUUGUCUGGCUGCUGGCCAGCAGUGAAGAGCCACUAGAUAACUCUGCAGGGUUCCUUAGAGAAGUGACAUGGCCUAGAGGAGAUUCAUGGCACCUUUCCUCAGUGAGCUUUGAUAUGGUCCAAAAAGAGCCUUAAAUCAAGACUAUUUGUGGUAGAGAUGGGUGUGGGGAAGGAUGGAGAAGAGUUUAGGUUUGUGCUUUGUAAUCUUGGCAUCCGUGUUUUGUGCCUGCCCUCCCUCUCGGGGAAGGGCCAUGCUUGGCUCUGCUGAAAGCUGCUAACUGGUGACAGGGUGGAUCAUGGUGAGAAGUGGGGAUAAGGUCAGGGGAAGGCUUAAGCUCUGAUCCUGCUCUGUAUUCCACUUCCCCUUUAGAAGUAGUUUCCUGGUCAAGGGCAAGCUGUGUCUCAGGAAGGUGGCUCCUGUGUGCCUGAGUGUGGUUAAGGCAUGGUCCAAAAGCCUUCCCUGGUGGUCAGUCCAGGCAAAGCCCAGAGCGUCUGAGUGUCUUUGACUUCCAGCGGCAUCAGGUUGCUCAGAGUUUGAGUUCAGUGAAACAGGGUGUAGUUCUUUUCCACACUCUGUGUGGUCUGGUCGUGCAGGUAGGAAAAAGUCAGUCUAAGUGAAGAUUGUGCAGUUCCUAGUGACAGGUGCCAAGAGGUUAUGAUACGGGUUUCUUGGGUCUGAUGUACAGUGUGAAUAAUGCUUGCAGCUCUUAGCCCUUUUUGAUCAAUGAAGCACUUUUUUAUUAAUAUUUUCCUUUGUAUGUAAAGGAGGAACCAUAACUCUCUGUAGCUGUACAUAUAACCCUUUUCUCCUAAAGAGGAGUCAGUCAAUGCUCCUAUAUUUUUCAUUUUUUGUCAAAGCAAGAAGUAAAUACUUUAGAAUUGUUAAAUAUAUAAAUAAAGUGAAUAAAGUUGAGUGUUCCGCAUGGUAG